AUGGGAGAGCGCCUCUACAGAGUGUCCUUCGACUACCAGGAACGCGCCAUGAUCAUCGGCAGAGGAGGACAAAAACAUCAGAAGGAUGAUCGAUGCAGUAGGGGAAGUCGGGCAGUAUUUCAGUUUUACCCAGAGAAUGAUGCCCAGGUUGAGUUGAUUGUAUCCCAGGCUAUGCGAGCGGGUUUUACUGGUGGCCUUGUUGUGGAUUAUCCAAAUUCUACUAAGGCAAAGAAAAUCUACCUUGUCUUGAUGACUGGAGGUACAACACAACUCCCUAAAGGACUUCAAGAAGAAGGAACAAGUCAAACACAAGCUUUAUACCAACGCAGGGAACAACUGAAAAAGAUUCGCUCAGGGAAGCUGUCACGUCAUGAUUGGAUAAUGAAGAAAAAAGAAAGAAGAAAACAAGGAAAAGAGGUCAGAUCUGAUUCAAAAUAUACUGGCAGGAAAAGAAGUGGGAGAUUUUAAUGAUAGAUAAAUCAAUUCUAUGAAAAAAAAAAUUUCAUCCAUUAAGUACUAUACAGAAUCUAAAUGAUAUAAUUAGCCAAGAAAUCAACUCAUUGACACUGGAGUAUUUAAUUAAUGUUUAAAUGAUGUCUUUAGGUUAUUUGUAUUCAAUAUUUUGUCAGAACUCAUUAAAGCAAAAGUUUUUUUUUUUGAAACACAAUGACCAAUAAAAGAAGUAACAUGCUUUUGUUAGUACGUAUCUAUAGAAGGGAAGCCAAUAAAAUUUAACAUAUCUCAGU